CAAGGCAGAGACGAACACAAAAACUCAGGCUCAACAGAGAAAAAGCAUGUAUCGUUCAGCGGCAAUUAACUUCCACCGCAACCUUUUCCUCCUCCAAAACCAAACCCAAUUGGCCAAACGGGUUACCAAACCCUGUGAUGUAUUCCUUAACCACAGAGGUAUAGACACAAAAAGAACAAUAGUCUCUUUGCUUUACGACCAUCUUUCUCUUCUCAACUUGCGCCCUUUCUUAGAUAACAGGACCAUGAAACCUGGAGACAAACUGUUUGAUAAAAUUGAUAGUGCGAUAAUGGGAUGUAAGGUUGGCGUUGCUGUGUUUUCGCCACGAUAUUGCGACUCUUACUUUUGCCUUCAUGAAUUGGCCCUCUUCAUGGAGUCUAAGAAGAAGGUUAUUCCAAUCUUCUGUGAUAUUAAGCCCUCUCAGCUUCGUGUCGUCGAGAAUGGGCAAUGUCCACCGGAGAUGCUUCCAAAGUUUAGGUUGGCUCUUGAACAGGCCAAGAACACUGUUGGGCUGACGUACGACUCCUCAAAAGGGAAUUUGGCAGAUGUUGUAACAAGGGCUGCAAAUAUUGUAAUCAACAGCCUGAUAGAGAUUGAGAACGAAAAGCAUUCUAUGCAUCGUCCAAAAACUCCAUUUCAUUUCUAAUUUUUGGCUCUGGCAAACUGAUCC